UUGGGUCAUCUCUUCUGUUGCUAUGUAGAAUACUUCUGUUUGAUUCCUUUGUAGUAGAUCUGCUUUGAACCUUUCUAGCAAGAAGCUACUUCUUAAUUUGGGGGUGAGGAUAUGAAAUCUGUCCUUUUACAUAAGGCUUGUAAGUAGAAGGCUUAACUUAAAAAAAAAUCCAUUUUAGUUGAUCAGUGAGAGACCUCUUUUGUAAUGUUUGUUCUUUAUAAAGAACAAACUCAUCUUAUUUGGGACAGAUUUCCCUGAUAAUAAGACAUUGGAACAAACUAUAGUUUCUGUUAAUAGUAUGUACAUUUGCAGUUAAGUAGCUUCUACAAGACUUAAGGCUAUUGUUUUAAGACCAAACCUACAGGGUAUGCUUCACUUGGCUCAGUUGUUUGUUCUUUAAUCUUUGUUUUUUAACUUUAGGAAUGUCCCCUUAAAUUGAAUAUUUAAGACAAUGGUCAGUACAGAUAAUUUUGUGUAGGCUUCUCCAGAAUGCCUAAUUUAGACAGGUAAAAUUGCCCCACAGUGUGUAUCUAAGUGUUGUUCUCUAACUCCUCCAUGUGGACAGUGAGGGCAUAAAUCUAAAGGUGUCUACAUUUGCACUGAAGUUCUCUUCAUUGUCUAAUAAUUUUAAUAAGGAAGCUUCCAAAUUAUAUUUCGAUAGUUUGUUUAUUUACUAGCAGGAGCCUCAACAUUGGAGAGGCUUCAGAUGUAGAAGAGGCUUUAACUCUCUUAAGAGACUAAGUAUUUCUGCAGAAUCUUUAGAGGACUACAUUAGUGUGCACUUUGUACCUUUAAGUUUGCACCUGCAGCAUUCGCAUAGCAAUUCCUGUCAGAAGCUCCAGACUGCCAUUAUUUUCUGAUGCCAUGCCAGCACCAACUCAACUAUUUCCAUUGAUUCGUAACUGCGAGAUUGGCAGGAUAUACAGUACAGUGUGCCACUGCCAUCACAAACAUCUUUGUUGUUUGUCACCUCACUUGGCUCACAAUCAUUUGAGAUGUACGCCUCAGAAGAAACUUGCAGCACUCUGUUGUCCAAAAGAGAAUUUUAAUCCCUUUAUCCAUACAAGGAGUUACGUUUCCACACCACAGAGAUUUUACCUCACCCCUCCACAGGUUAACAGCAUUCUGAAGGCAAAUGAAUACAGCUUUAAAGUCCCAGAAUUUGAUGGCAAAAAUGUAAGUUCUGUUCUUGGCUUUGAUAGCAACCAGUUGCCUGCUAAUGCUCCAAUAGAAGACAGGAGGAGUGCGGCCACCUGCUUACAAACAAGAGGAAUGCUUCUAGGCGUAUUUGAUGGCCAUGCAGGCUGUGCUUGUGCUCAGGCUGUCAGUGAAAGACUGUUCUACUACAUUGCUGUCUCUUUGUUACCUCAUGAGACUCUACUUGAAAUAGAAAAUGCAGUGGAGAGUGGUCGUGCCCUGUUACCCAUCUUACAGUGGCACAAGCAUCCCAAUGAUUAUUUUAGUAAGGAAGCUUCCAAACUGUAUUUCAACAGUUUAAGAACUUACUGGCAAGAACUCAUAGACCUCAACAGUGGUGAGACGACUGAUGUAAAAGAGGCUUUAAUUAAUGCUUUCAAGAGGCUUGAUAAUGAUAUUUCAUUAGAAGCUCAAGUAGGAGAUCCAAACUCUUUCCUGAAUUACCUGGUAUUACGAGUGGCCUUUUCAGGAGCAACUGCAUGUGUGGCUCAUAUAGAUGGUGUUGAUUUGCAUGUUGCUAAUACUGGUGACAGCAGGGCAAUGCUUGGUGUUCAAGAAGAAGAUGGAUCUUGGUCUGCAGUCUCUCUGUCCUGUGACCAUAAUGCACAGAAUGAAAAUGAAAUAGAACGAAUAAAACUGGAGCAUCCAAAGUCUGAAGAGAAAAGUCUUGUAAAACAAGACAGGCUUUUAGGCUUAUUGAUGCCUUUCAGAGCUUUUGGUGAUGUAAAAUUCAAAUGGAGCAUUGAACUUCAGAAGAGAGUGAUAGAAUCGGGCCCAGAUCAGUUGAAUGACAAUGAGUAUACUAAAUUCAUCCCUCCUAACUAUCAUACUCCUCCCUAUCUCACAGCUGAGCCAGAGGUCAUACAUCACAGAUUAAGGCCUCAGGAUAAGUUCCUGGUGUUGGCUACAGAUGGCCUGUGGGAGACCAUGCAUAGGCAGGAUGUGGUUAGAAUUGUAGGAGAGUAUCUCACUGGAGUUCAUCACCAACAGCCAAUAGCUGUUGGUGGUUACAAGGUAACUUUGGGACAAAUGCAUGGUCUCUUAACAGAAAGGAGAGCCAGAAUCUCCUCAGUAUUUGAAGAUCAGAAUGCAGCAACUCAUCUAAUACGUCAUGCAGUGGGAAAUAAUGAGUUUGGCACUGUUGAUCAUGAGCGGCUGUCCAAGAUGCUUAGUCUUCCAGAAGAGUUGGCUAGGAUGUACAGAGAUGACAUUACAAUUAUUGUGGUGCAGUUCAACUCUCAUGUUGUAGGUGCAUGUCAGAAUGAGGAAUUCUGAAUUUUAAAUGGAUGUACAAUUUACCAAAGUUAUAACAGUGACUAGCCUGAUCAGAAGAUGAAAAUGUAUGUGGUGAGCAAAUCAGAGGGUCUGCUCAUUGGAAUUAAAAUGUGUGCAAGUGCAUUUCUCCCUCCAUUGCCCACAUUUUUAUUAGCAAUGUGGAAAGUGCUAUUGAACUAACACUGUCUUCCAAGAAGAUGGCACAACUUGGAAAGAGAGACUUGAAAUGAGUUUGUACUAUUGAAUCAAUGAAUGCUGCUAGAACACUAUUUUUGGGUAUGGUAGGGGUAAAUAAGAGGGAAAGGGAUAAGUAACUGUUAAUCAUCACAUUGUUUUGACUAGUCAUAAAACAAAGCCCAUGUAAAUAUCAAUACAGCUAUCUUACUAGAUAAAGAUAGGAAUAUCGUUAAAUAUAGGAAUUGAUAGCAAUGACAUUUGUCUGCAAAGUAGAUUUGGUUAUUCUGCAUGUGUGUGGUUUUUUGUUUUUUUUUCCACCCUAUGGAAAGGAAGUUGCUUUAAGUAGUAAGAAACUAUCUUGAUAAACUCUUCCCUUGAGUUUUCCCAAUUUUGCUUAGUCAAUGUCAUUCUUCACUUAUAUGUAUUUUUAACUUCAAAUGCAAGUCUCUUAAGCCAUACUCAGCCAGAACUUAAGAUAACUGGGCUAAGCAUAUUAGGAUCUCGUAACUUACACAAAUGCAGUCUUAAAUUCCUUCAUGUUGACAGUCUUCUGAGGUGUGUGUUUCUUGGAGGGGGGAUUUUUUUUUUGCACAACUUUCAGGGCAAUAUCAUUUUUUUGCCAUCACUGAAUACUCAACUGCAUAAGAAAAUUCCAUUAUGGAAGAUUUCAGCUCGAAGUAUGAAAUCACAGCUCUGCCUUUUGCAAAACAUGGAAGUAUUUUCAGUCAGAACUGUAAUGCCUGUCCUAAAGGUCACAUCCUUGGCAGUUCAUACUAUUAUCUGGUACCAAAAAUCUCCUCUAAUCGCCUGAUGAAAUCUAAUAUGAACUUCUCAAGAGACUAGAAAAUCACUGUUGCCUAUUUGGUGGCUUAGUAAUUAACAUUCCUGUUAACUUUGUUUGUUGUAGUACUGUCAUCUGGGUCACUUGUAUAUCUUAAAUAUUAACAUCAAGAGAAACUAACUCAUGUUAUAAGUUGGUAAACUGAAAACUUCAUGAAGAUUAAAAUUUUCUCUAUUAGCGCACCUGUUUACAAAAACUAACUGGCUUGCAUGCUGUAUGCAUAACAAUUGUUUGGCAUUAUAGCAUCAGUUACUGUAAAUCCUUUGAAAAGUCAGUAAAUACAUGUUUUCUUGCAUCCACAAUUUCAUGAUAGAAGUCUCUUAAAUGGCUCUCUAUUGUAAUGACUGAAUUUGCAGAGUUAAAAGGAGGAGAUUACAUGGUAUUUCAUAGUAAAUUUUAUACAACUGUUACAGCUGAGAACGUGACUCUAAUAGGCAUAUAGGCCUCAUAAAAUGUUUUCAGUCCAUCUUCAACUAUAUCCAAAUAAGCAUAACAUGAAAAAGAAAGCUCUCAAUUCAAAUUGGCCCUUUAUGCACUUAGUGAUGUUCCUGGAAUUGAAAAACCUUACAGUUCUGAUUUGUUUUAGAAACCUUUUUGAUUACAUGUAUUCUAGUAAUUAGCUGUGAUCUUGUUUAUAGAAACCCUAGAGCAGUUAUAGGUCAGCAUGUUCAGUAUCUUCUAUGUUGCAUUAUUAAAUACCUUAUUGACUUUUUUUAAUUCCUUUUUGGGAGUUGUCCAUUAUCUACUUAGGGAAUCUUCUGAGUCAAAUUAAUAUUUAUAUAUGUUGUCAAAGCAAAGUUUAUUGUCUCAGUUGGUAAUUAAGCUAUUUGAGCUUUCCAAUAAACAUUAGCACUGCUAGAUAAGCUUACUGUUACAUAUAAUACUCCUAGGACAAACACCUGAACUUGUUUAUAGCACACACUUUUUUUCAUCUUACAAAUGCUGUGCAGCCUUAACAAAAUAUGCUGGUCUUCCUGUUCUCUGGGUAGAAGAAACUUGAUCUUUUACGGCAGAUUUUACUUCAUUCUCCUCCUUGAUAUCCUCCCUAAUUGAGAAUGUCGUCAAGAUGUUCAUAUUUUUUUGGAAUGUAAAUGACAAACUGGCCCUUCGAGAAAAGUUGAGAAUGCUGUCCCAAACAAAUGCUGGUUGUUAUAAUCAUUGAUUUUUAUGUUGCUUAUUGAUGACUAAAUGUCAUUAGAUAGGUCAGUAUGCUCUUUUGUCAUCCUAUGUUGUCUUUCCACUACACAAUGUAUUUAAGCUGUUACAUUACUUACUUUACACUUUUUUACUGUUCAACAUAAUAUGUAUAUUGAAAUGCUCAAUGUGUGACUUGUUAUGGGUUUGGUACAGUCAUAAUUGGUUAAACCAACACAAUCCUAUGUACAGCAUUCACUUAUAAAAGGCUUUCUUUAAUACAGAAAUUGCAUAUAGACAGGAUCAGUAUUUAUAUAUGGGCUGGCAAUUUACUCAUGUAUGCAGUGAACUGAAGCAGUAUAACUGUACUCAUUGAACACCAUAUAACAAUCUGCAGCCGUCAUCUAAUAGACUUCAAUAAAAAGAUCAGUUAUACAGCUAUCGUUUAAGAUAAUAUUUUGUUCUACACCCUAAAAGGAACAUUAUUUCACCUUUUGUCCC